UCUGAGUCAGUGGCAGAACAAGGCUGCCGCACACGUUGGCGCGGGUGGAGGUGGAAUUGGCCCGGGCUCCACGAAAGAACCAUCCCGGAAGUAGUUAGUGGUUGUCUCCAUGCGCCGGUUCCUGGGCGUCGUAGGUCCUAGGCGCGAGGCUCGGACGGGGAGGUAGAGCUGGAGGGGACGCUUAAGCGCCCUCCGCCCGGGACGCGAACCGCCGCGCCCGCGGGGCUGGCUCCUACGCCACCAUGCUGCUCCUGCCGGGCGCUGCGGCCGGCCAGGGCACCGCCAUCACCCACGCUCUGACCUCUGCCUCAACACUCUGUCAAGUCGAACCUGUGGGAAGAUGGUUUGAAGCUUUCAUUAAGAGGAGAAACAGAAAUGCUUCUGCCUCUUUUCAGGAACUGGAGGAUAAGAAAGAGUUAUCAGAAGAAUCAGAAGAUGAAGAAUUGCAGUUAGAGGAAUUUCCCAUGCUAAAAACACUUGAUCCCAAGGACUGGAAGAACCAAGAUCAUUAUGCAGUACUUGGACUUGGCCAUGUAAGAUACAAAGCUACACAGAAACAGAUCAAAGCAGCUCAUAAAGCAAUGGUUUUAAAACAUCACCCAGACAAACGGAAAGCAGCUGGUGAACCAAUAAAAGAAGGAGAUAAUGACUACUUCACUUGCAUAACUAAAGCUUAUGAAAUGUUAUCUGAUCCAGUGAAAAGACGAGCAUUUAACAGUGUAGAUCCCACUUUUGAUAACUCGGUUCCUUCUAAAAGUGAAGCAAAGGACAAUUUCUUUGAAGUAUUUUCUCCUGUGUUUGAAAGGAAUUCCAGAUGGUCAAAUAAAAAAAAUGUCCCUAAACUUGGUGAUAUGAAUUCAUCAUUUGAAGAUGUAGAUGCAUUUUAUUCUUUCUGGUAUAAUUUUGAUUCUUGGAGAGAAUUUUCUUAUUUAGAUGAAGAAGAAAAAGAAAAAGCAGAAUGUCGUGAUGAGAGGAGAUGGAUUGAAAAGCAGAACAGAGCAACAAGGGCACAAAGAAAAAAGGAAGAAAUGAACAGAAUAAGAACAUUAGUUGACAAUGCAUAUAGCUGUGAUCCAAGAAUAAAAAAAUUUAAGGAAGAAGAAAAGGCCAAGAAAGAAGCAGAAAAGAAAGCAAAAGCAGAAGCAAAACGGAAGGAGCAAGAAGCUAAAGAAAAACAAAGACAAGCUGAAUUAGAAGCUGCUCGAUUAGCUAAAGAGAAAGAAGAAGAGGAAGUUAGACAACAAGCAUUACUGGCAAAGAAGGAAAAAGAUAUCCAGAAAAAAGCCAUUAAAAAGGAAAGGCAAAAACUUCGAAACUCAUGCAAGACCUGGAAUCACUUUUCUGACAAUGAGGCAGAGCGGGUUAAAAUGAUGGAAGAAGUGGAAAAACUUUGUGAUCGCCUCGAACUAGCAAGUUUACAGUGCUUGAAUGAAACACUCACAUCAUCUACAAAAGAAGUAGGGAAGGCUGCUCUGGAAAAACAGAUAGAAGAAAUAAAUGAGCAAAUUAGAAAAGAGAAAGAGGAAUCUGAGGCUCGUAUGCGACAAGCAUCUAAGAAUGCAGAGAAAUCAACUGGUGGAGGUGGAAAUGGCAGUAAAAAUUGGUCAGAAGAUGAUCUACAACUACUGAUUAAAGCUGUAAACCUCUUCCCUGCUGGAACAAAUUCAAGAUGGGAAGUUAUUGCUAAUUACAUGAACAUACAUUCUUCUUCUGGAGUUAAGAGAACUGCCAAAGAUGUUAUUGGCAAAGCAAAAAGUCUUCAAAAACUUGACCCUCAUCAAAAAGAUGACAUAAACAAAAAGGCUUUUGAUAAAUUUAAAAAAGAACAUGGAGUGGUCCCUCAAGCAGACAAUGCAACACCUUCAGAACGAUUUGAAGGUCCAUGCACAGAUUUCACCCCUUGGACAACAGAAGAACAGAAGCUUUUGGAACAAGCUUUGAAAACGUACCCAGUAAAUACACCUGAAAGAUGGGAAAAAAUAGCAGAAGCAGUGCCUGGCAGGACAAAGAAGGACUGCAUGAAACGAUAUAAGGAACUUGUCGAGAUGGUAAAAGCAAAGAAAGCUGCACAAGAGCAAGUACUGAAUGCAAGUAGAACCAAGAAAUGACUUAUGACAAUCUUUGUUGUGUGUGUGUUUUUAUAAUAAAACUGAAAAUAAUGUA